CGCAGGCGCAGGCGCAGAACUCCGUAGAACUCCGUAGAACUCCGUGCCCUGCUGCCUGCUCCCUGCUCCCUGCUCCCACACGGCAGCGCUGCGCUCGGAGUCGCGUUCGAUGGUUCGCGACAGCGCGGGAAUACGUGGCGCGUGAGGACUGCGGCUCGCGGUGGGACGCGAUGGCGGCCGAAGCGGGGCCGAGCGUGACCCCCGGCGAGGAGGUGAACGGCUGGGGGAACCCGAUGGACUUGUUUGACGAGCCCUUCCCAGACGUGAGCACCUACGAGGACUUCCACACCAUCGACUGGCUGCGGGAGAAGUCGCGUGACACGGACCGCCACCGCAAGAUCGCCAGCAGGAGCAAGGAGUCCUUCUGGGAGUUCACCAAGAGCCUGCUGGACGCGUGGUCCGGAUGGGUGGUGAUGCUGCUCAUUGGGCUCCUGUCAGGUACGCUCGCGGGUGUCAUCGACCUUGCCGUGGACUGGAUGACGGACCUGAAGGAGGGCGUGUGCCUCUCGGCGCUCUGGUACAGCCACGAGCAGUGCUGCUGGACCUCCAAUGAGACCACCUUCGACGACCGUGACAAAUGUCCUCAGUGGCAGACGUGGUCGGAGCUGAUGACGGGCCAUGCCGAGGGUGCUGGAGCAUAUGUGCUCAACUACUUCCUGUAUGUGCUGUGGGCUCUUUUUUUUGCGUUCCUAGCUGUAUCCCUGGUGCGAGUCUUUGCACCCUACGCCUGUGGAUCGGGCAUCCCAGAGAUAAAAACCAUCCUCAGUGGCUUCAUCAUCCGGGGCUACCUGGGCAAGUGGACGCUGCUGAUAAAGACGGUCACCCUGGUGCUGGCUGUGUCUUCGGGGCUAAGCCUUGGCAAGGAGGGCCCACUGGUACACGUGGCUUGUUGCUGUGGCAACCUCUUCAGCAGCCUCUUCUCAAAGUACAGCAAAAACGAGGGCAAGCGGCGGGAGGUGUUGUCUGCAGCGGCGGCAGCAGGAGUGUCUGUGGCCUUUGGGGCUCCAAUAGGAGGGGUGCUCUUCAGCUUGGAGGAGGUGAGCUACUACUUCCCCCUGAAAACCCUGUGGAGGUCCUUCUUUGCUGCCCUGGUAGCCGCCUUCACCCUGCGCUCCAUUAACCCCUUUGGGAACAACCGCCUGGUGCUCUUCUACGUGGAGUAUCAUACCCCCUGGUACAUGGCUGAACUGGUGCCCUUCAUCCUGCUGGGGGUCUUCGGGGGCGUGUGGGGGGCUCUCUUCAUCCGCGCUAACAUUGCCUGGUGCCGCCGGCGCAAGACCACACGGCUGGGCCGCUACCCGGUGCUGGAGGUGAUUGCAGUGACAGCCAUCACCGCUGUGGUGGCCUUCCCCAACCCCUACACACGUCGCAGCACCAGCCAGCUCAUCUCGGAACUCUUCAAUGAUUGCGGCCCCUUGGACUCAUCCCGCCUCUGCGAUUAUGUCAAUGACCCCAACAUGACCCGGCCCGUGGAUGACAUUCCGGACCGGCCUGCCGGCCCAGGAGUGUACACGGCCAUCUGGCAGCUGGCGCUCGCGCUCAUCUUCAAGAUCGUCGUCACCAUCUUCACCUUCGGUAUAAAGGUCCCCUCUGGCCUGUUCAUCCCCAGCAUGGCUGUGGGCGCCAUCGCCGGACGCAUCAUGGGCAUCGCUGUGGAGCAAAUGGCUUACCACCACCAUGACUGGAUCAUCUUUAAAAAAUGGUGUCGUCCGGGGGCUGACUGCGUCACGCCAGGCCUCUACGCCAUGGUGGGCGCUGCUGCAUGUCUGGGUGGUGUGACAAGGAUGACGGUGUCUCUGGUAGUCAUCAUGUUUGAGCUGACAGGGGGGCUGGAGUACAUUGUGCCCCUGAUGGCGGCUGCCGUCACCAGCAAGUGGGUGGGUGAUGCCUUUGGCCGCGAGGGCAUCUAUGAGGCGCACAUACAGCUAAACGGCUACCCUUUCCUGGACACGAAGGACGAGUUCACGCAUCGCACGCUUGCCGCGGACGUGAUGCACCCACGUCGCGGGGAACCGCCCCUGGCCGUGCUCACGCAGGAUGGCACAACGGUGGAGGACGUGGAGGAGCUCAUCAAGGAGACGGACUACAACGGUUUCCCUGUGGUGGUGUCUCGCAAAUCGGAGCGCCUCAUCGGCUUCGUGCAGCGCAGGGACCUGACCCUGGCCAUCAAAAACGCUCGGCAGAAGCAGGAGGGCGUGGUGAGCAACUCGGUGGUGUACUUCACUGAGGAAAUGCCCCUACUGCCUCCAAGCUGCCCUCAGCCCCUCAAGCUGCGCUGCAUCUUGAACCUCAGCCCCUUCACGGUCACUGACCACACCCCCAUGGAGACAGUGGUGGACAUCUUCCGCAAGCUGGGUCUCCGGCAGUGUCUGGUCACGCGCAGCGGACGCCUCUUGGGAAUCAUCACUAAGAAGGAUGUUCUGCGACACAUGGCUCAGAUGAUGAACCAGGAUCCAGAUUCCAUCAUGUUUAAUUAGUCCAGCACCCUGCUGAGCUCGGCCUGAAAGGGGAUCUUUGCCUCCAGCGAGCACUACAGCUGUACCUGUCACCUCCGUCGCUCUCUGCUGGGAGUUGUAUCCAGGAUACCAGCGCUGAUGCCAACACUGGAUGUGCAUUUCGCAAAAGCAUUUCGAAAAGCAUAUCAUGAGGGAGCGACCUCCCAUCAUGCCCAUUUGCUGCCUUCAGCCCUUGUCAACAGGUGCCGUUGUGCUUGCUGUUCGUUGAUGGAGUCACCCUUUUAGGGGAAGGUGGGAGAAGAAGCCACAGCAGAAGGACUGUACAAGGGUAUUCUUUGAGGGUACACUUUGUGUGCGCAUUAAUAAGUGUGCUGCAUUAAUUCAUAACCCGGUGAUGUUUGGUAGAGUAAGAUGAGCUUUUUUCAGCGGUUCAGUAGCACCGGGACAUACUUCUUAUGAACAUUUCUGUUGACAAGAUGAACAUUGAAUGAAUGUAUCUGCAGUCCCUUUCUGAAUCACGUGUAAAGGUGACUGAUGCUGCCUGGAGGUCAAGACAAUGGGGCUGAGAGUUACUUGUAAAAACUUUGAUGAUGAGAACAUUGACCGUUCUCAAAUUCCCUCCCUUAAGCUUUAAAAAAGGAUAAUUCUUUUAUUUCUGAGUUAUACAAGGUAAGGAAUGCAGUCUUUGUCAUUGUUUUGCCGUUAAUUUUCUGAUUGUUGAACAGCACAUGCAGCCAAUCACCUCAACACAUGUGUGGUGCAGGAUGUCGUAGAAAAUUGAUGCUGCAAGUUGAUACUCUGAAUUAACAAUGACUCUUAUACAUUUUGUAAAAUGGUGUAUAAUAAUUUUUGCAAAAAUGAAUUUGUAUUAAUAUCCUGUA